UGCCUACACGGACAACAGUCUGACCCGCUCUCUUUAUAAACUCAAUAUACUACCGACAGAUCAAUUUUUCCUAAUAACUGUCAUAUAUACAUGCUCUUUUUCAGUUGAGACUGGGCGGUUUGUGACGUAUAUCCGGCUGUGUUAUGAUAUUGGUAGCAGACCGGUAAAGACUAUCGCCGAGGGACCCACCACUCAAUUCAUGAUUAAACGUUACGUUGUAUGACUCACUCCUCAGUUCUCUUGUAGAACUUCUGACGUGCAGGAGUUAAAAUGUGUGUAUGUGUUUCAUCGAGGUUAUGGAAUAACGUGACCUACCUGAAAUCAUGGUUCAUCCUCACCAUUCUGUGUUCGGUAUUUUUUGAUGUAAGAUCAUCAAAUUGUCCACAGAAUGCCGUCCAGCACAUGAGGCAUUGUAGUCUUGCUUCCUUGCCGAACUUUGGACUGGGUCCUCCUGCUAGGGAACCUCCAAACGCCAUCAGACAGGGAAUUGAUAUGAUGAGAGAGUCGUGUGAGAGCUCCAAGCUGGUGGUGGCCGCGGAGUGUAUGCAGAAUAUCCUUGAUAGAUGUCGAGGAAUAACUGAAGAGGAACAACUCUUACAGCGAUUGUUUGACAAGGACGAGAUUGUCAACACUGUUCGCUUCUUCUGUGAUAACCUCAACAUUUAUGAGAAACAUACAAAGUGCAUAAUGGACCAGCAUGCAGUCGCUAUUGAGUGUAGUUCGGAGGCAAAGGAGAAUUACCAGUUAAAGAUCUCGGCGAAUGCUCCCAUCGAUGUCCUCAUUAUGGCCACAUGCACAUAUUUGGAUGAGGCGGCUACAUGUUUAACCGGCACUGUGGAUCUGCAUUGCGGAAACGAGGCUGCUUUUUUCCUAGAAACAAUCCUUCUAGGAUCUCGCCCACCCGCAUGUGGACAAAAAAUGCCAGUUUACAAUCGGGAUGACAACUCUGGAACUAAUGAUGCAAACAUUGUGUCAGGAAAAACGAACUGUUUGAUAAUUUCGAUAAUGUUAAGCAUGGUUUUCCAUUUAAAAUGGAUGUUUUUAUGAUAAAGAAUAGCCCAAAUGACAAUUACCAUGGUAAUAGACUAACAUUAAUGUGAUAAAUAUAUUUGUGUCACAUGACUUAAUCGUUUAGUCAUGUGACAAAUUGAAAAUACUAAUGGUAAGUUUUAUAACAUAUUUAUAUGAUUGUGUGCAAUCAAGAAACCACUUAUAACAUUGUAAAUGUCCAUUAUGAAAACAAACAAAAAAAGGGAGAUUUUUUCUGGAAGUGCCCUAACAUUCCACUGUAAUGACGAAGGUCUGCCGGAUAGAGCAGGCCACAGAAAUAAUGGAGAUUAAUCAAUAACUAUGUACCUUGGAUUUUGUAACUACAAUAUAAAUAUGUACAGAUACCAUAAUACGCAUUGACAAGGACAAAUACCUGUCUUGUAAACGAUGUUUAUUCAUUGUAUAUCCGAGCUUUCGAGGCACCACUGUUAAGAACCAUCAAACGGGAGGUCGUAAACUACAAAUGAAGAAAAGAGAGAUAAGAAGCACAUUAUGAUAUGAAAUAGUGGUUCUUAGCUAUAGAGGUUGAACAUCUAGAAAGGCUUUGUGAAUGUGACAUAUUUACGUUGUAAAGUACAUGAUUGUUAGAUCAAAGACAGGAUCCUGGUGAACUUCGGUAUGGUACUUUUCACCACACGGAUUUGUUUACUACCUGUUAGCCCGAACCCGUGUAGUAUGCAGUAAACAAAUUCUUAAUAGUUAUGGUUUUAAUAACGUAAUUAUGAUUAAGUGAAACCGGUGUCAUUAUAAGUUGUUUAUUUAUUUGAUUUCAUGUCAUAUACAUGUUUUCUUUUUUUUUUUUCAAUUCCAAAAUUUUGGGAAUUCCAUAUUGACAAUGUAUCACUUUAGUCAUUUUCGUGUGCAUUUGUUCUUAGCUAGACAUUUCUUUAAAAUGUUUACUAGUUCAUCAGGCUUUUCUAACCGUGCUUGUACUGACAUUUAAGUGAUGAAAUCUUCUUAAAAAAAAUUACAAAAAAGAGAAAGUGACAGUUAAAUUCUGGAAUUUUACAGCCAUCAUCCGCCUUUUUCUUGUGGUAAUUUUUAUUGAUAAUUUGUCAAUAUUACAACAUUAAAGCGCUAUGUAUUAAUUUUUCUGUCUCAUAACUUUAGAAGAUGAUAUAUACAUAUGUAUGUAUAUAUUUAUAUAUACAUAUAUAUAUAUAUAUAUAUAUAUAUAGUGUUAUAAAUGCAAUUAUCACGUGAUUGACUGAAUGACCUAUCUGAUGAAAUACAUGCUGGACCGAUGUAAUGGAAUGAGGUGUGUAUAAUAUAGAUUGGGACAAUGGCAAGCAAGAUGGUUAUGGUUAUUAUACUAAAUAUUUUGAAAUUCUUAUUAAUAGUAUAACACAAUUUAGGCAAUAGUUUAAAAACUUCAUACCCUAUAUUCCAUGAUCUUUUUCUUAUCUGUCAAAUGUAUUGAACUUAUCUCCUCAUGACAUCCAGUAAAACACAUAAAUGACAAAGAUAGUUUUAUUUUACCAUAAAAACCAUGAAAUGGAAUUUCAUCUAUUAGAUAUAAAUUAUUACAUCUGUGAGACAUCCCUUCAAUUGAAAGUCGAUUCUUUAAAAACACACAGACGUAUCAUUUUAGAAUGAUUCUCCAUCUCGUUGUGCACAGUCCUAUUCCUUAUAUUUAACAAAGUCAGUUAAUUAUUGAUUCAAGAAAUCCGAGCAUAACAGGUUACACAAAGAGUCGAGCGGAUUCCGGAAGCUGUCUCUCGCAUUGAUUUGCCCCCUUAUUUUCAAAAACAUCUGUGAUGAAGAAUUCGUUGUCUUACGUGAUUGCUGAUUGUGUUCUGUUCUGUACUGUACUAUAAAUAUUGACGUUUUGUUUGUAUAGCCAAGGAUGUCUUUAUAUAUAAUGAUUUUUGAUUGAAUGACUAUUUUGUAAACGCUUUUUCUAUAAUAAAUUGUUCCCAAUAGAAAA